CCCUCGCAAAGAUGGGCUACCAGUCCGAACUGCCGCGAAACCUGUCCAUGCUGAGUGUCCUGGGCAUGUCCUUUGCCAUCAUGGCCGUUCCCUUUGGUCUCAGCACUACCCUCUACAUCACCCUCACCGAUGGCCAGUCAGUGACGGUGCUCUACGGCUGGAUCCUCGUCUCGCUCAUCUCGCUCUGCAUUGCCGCCUCGCUCGCCGAAAUCUGCGCCGUCUACCCCACGGCCGGCGGCGUCUACUACUGGUCUGCCAUGCUGUCGACGCGCGAGUGGGCGCCCAUUGCUUCCUGGGUCACUGGCUGGCUGACGCUCGUCGGAAACUGGACUGUCACGCUCUCCAUCAACUUCUCCGGCGGCCAGCUCAUCCUCUCUGCCAUUACGCUCUGGGACGAAGACUUUGUGCCGAAUCAAUGGCAGACGGUCCUCAUGUUCUGGGCCGUCAUGCUCAUCUGCAUGGCUGUCAACAUCUUUGGCGCAAAGUACCUGGACCUCAUCAACAAGAUCUGCAUCUACUGGACAGCUAGCAGUGUUAUCAUCAUCUUGGUUGUGCUGCUCACCAUGGCUGACCAGAAGAGAGAUGCAGAGUUUGUUUUUGCGCACUACGACGCGAGCGCAAGUGGAUGGCCAUCGGGCUGGGCCUUCUUUGUCGGACUCCUACAGGCAGCAUACACACUCACUGGCUACGGCAUGGUGGCCUCCAUGUGCGAAGAAGUCUCCAAUCCCGCUCGCGAAGUCCCCAAGGCCAUUGUUCUCUCCGUCGCCGCUGCAGGUGUGACCGGCGUCAUCUACCUCAUCCCCCUUCUCUUCGUCCUGCCCGAUGUGAAGACGCUUCUUUCGGUUGCAAACGGACAGCCGAUUGGUCUUCUCUUCAAGACUGUGACGGGGAGUGCAGGCGGAGGCUUUGGUCUCCUCUUCCUCAUUCUGGGUAUCCUCUUCUUUGCCGGCACGGGAGCGCUGACGGCCGCAUCACGCUGCACAUAUGCCUUUGCCCGCGACGGUGCAAUCCCUGGAUCGCGCCUCUGGGCCAAGGUCGACAAGCGCUUCGACAUUCCUCUGUGGGCGCUCGUCCUCUCCACCGUGGUCGACUGCCUUUUGGGCCUCAUCUUCUUUGGCUCGUCGGCUGCAUUCAACUCGUUUACCGGUGUUGCGACCAUUUGCCUCAGCACAUCAUACGGCAUGCCUAUCCUCAUCUCGAUUAUCCGUGGCCGAAAGGCAGUCCGCCACUCGUCAUUCUCCCUGGGCCGCUUUGGCUACGCAAUCAACGUGGCCAUGAUUGUGUGGAUCUGUCUGGCAGUGGUCCUGUUUUGCAUGCCCGUAAGCCUGCCCGUCCAGGCGGCGACGAUGAACUACGCCAGCGUCGUCUUUGCAGGCUUUGCACUCAUCAGCCUCGUGUGGUACUUCAUCCGGGGACGCAAGGAGUUCUCGGGCCCACCGGUGCCGAACGAUGUGGAGCCAGGCGAGGAGGGGGUUGUUGCGGGGUUGGCCGUCCAGGACAGCAGACAGGAUGUCGAGGGCAUGGGGGAGAAGGCCGAAGAUAGCGGCAAGGCCAAGGGCUAUUGAGGAGGGUAAAUGUAUAAAGCUGUUACCUAAUUGUAUGUACAUUAUGUACGCUAAGUAUAUGUAGCAUGCAUGUAUGUAUUUGCGCCCCUGCGCUGGCAGAUAUGCG